ACAUUCUUCAUUCCAAAGAUUUGUCACGAAUGACAGAAAAAAUUCUAUUAGAUCAAUAUUUUGUUUCAGCUGGUUUAGAAGCAUUGGAUUCAUAUGUUUAUAAUGCCACGGUGUCCAAAUGGAUUGAUCAUAAUAUAGAGCAACGGUCAUUUGUAAAAGGUAAUACAGAAGAUUACUACCAUAUAGGCAUUGAUACUUGUAUUAAAUACACAAUUGAAACUCUUACUGAUGGUAUAACAAUUAGUCGAAAUACGUGUUAUAAUACAAGCAUAGGACAUAAACGACCUGAUACUGCUGGAUGUAUACUCAAUAAUGCUAUUUGGCGAGGAGAAGAAAAAGGAACUGAUAGUGCAGGAGAUUCAUCACAAGAACUAACAGAAAAAAUAAUUUGGGAUUAUGGUGAUGCUGUACCAUAUUUGUUAGCAUAUUAUUCAAUUGAAAGUAAUGUGGUAUUUUGUGCAAUAUACAAGGAAAACAAGAAAAUUCGUACACUUGAUAUUGGUGGUCCAUAUGAUUUAUUUUUUUUGAAGAACAGAAUAAUUGUAUGGAACAUUUGUAGAAAUAUUUCUAGAAUUCUUCCUUCUCUUGCUUCACUCUGCAAAAGAAAAAAUAAUCCAGAGUAUGGAAUAAUAUCAAGAAAUAGAAUAACCAUUACCUUCCUUGGCUUAGCAUAUCGUGAUAAUGACAAAUGGUUUUUCAUUGAUUUUGAAUUUGCUUGUUACUCACCUCAAUAUUUGAAGAAAGAAGGAUUAGAGAAAAAUAAUCACGUACCAGAAAUUAGGGAAGGAUAUCAUGAUAUAUCAACAGAUAUCUGGAGUGUUGGAUUUCUCAUUAUUGAUUAUUCAUUCAGAUUACCAAGUGAAAUUACAGAUUUUGGUAAAAAGUUAAUGAAAUCAAAUCCACAAGAAAGACCAAAGGUUAUUAAUGCAUUGACAGACGCUAAAGAAUUAUAUAAAAAGUUUUUAACAUUUUUGGAAAUAA